AUGAUUCGAGCUGCGGUCUUUGUGUUUGUCCUCGUCUCAGCUGCAGUGGUCCAGUGUAAGGUCUGCUCGUAUCAGGACGUUCUGGACCAUGUGAACCUGACCAUGAACAACGAGGCCCUGAGACUGACCCGCCCAGUCCUGGACUAUAACACCCCCACCCUCAUAGAACUCAACAUCGUGCUCUACUCUAUUCUGGCACUGAUCGAGAAAACACAGACCUUUGUUCCGUUCAUCUGGGCCACGAUGCGGUGGCAUAACGAGAGGCUCCACUGGAAUCCGGACGAGUUCUGUGGAAUCUCACAUAUCGCCGUCCCACGAGAACUUCUGUGGGAACCAGAUCUGUUCAUCUACGAAAUGACGGAGAAGGACAUGUCUCCUCGGAACCCGUACCUGGUUGUGUACUAUAACGGGACAGUCCUGUUGGAGGAGGACCUGAAGAUCAUCAGCUCCUGUAAGAUGGACAUGCACAAGUUCCCCUUCGACACCCAGCAGUGCAACCUGACGCUGGGCUCCGCCAUCCACACUGCAGACGAGAUGCGUCUCCGUGCGUCCCUGAACUCGUCUCGUGUGACAGAGUUUACCCGUGAGCUGCUGCAGAGUCAGGGAGAGUGGGAGUUCCUCAAACUGUCGGUGGAAAACUACAACUUCAGCUUCUCCAGCCGCCAGUGGGAGACGCUCUGCUACACGUUCACAGUGAAACGGCGCCCCCUGCUGCACGUCAUUAACCUGCUGAUCCCCAUCAUGUUCUUCCUGGUCCUGGACUUGGCCUCGUUCUUCAUCUCGGACCAUCGCAGCGAGAAACUGGGCUUCAAGGUCACGGUCCUGCUGGCCAUCUCUGUUCUCCUGCUGAUCCUCAACGACAUCCUGCCCUCUACUUCCAACGACACGCCUCUGAUAGCCACCUACUGCAUUGUCAUCUUCGCCAUGAUGCUCCUCAGCGUUCUGGAGACCAUUCUGGUGACGUUCCUUCUGGACCACAGCCAGAGGAACCAGAGAGACCAGAGGAACCAGAGAGACCAGGACCAGGCUGUCAGCAGAGACGACAGAUGUGUGAAGAUGGCCGACAGUGAGGACGAGUCUGCACCAACUCUGGAGCUUCACUUCUUCUCUGAGCAGUCCUGUCCCUCUCCUUCUUGCUCCGAGUCCCAGACCUUGGCCCUGAUCCUGGACGAGGUUCGGCAUCUCCAGCGAGCCGUGAGCGUGCAUGUGGGGCCUGCGCACGUGCAUGAUUCCGUCUGGGCCAGACGCAUCAACGCCAUGUUCUUCAGCCUCUACGUCUUGGUGGUGGCACUGUUCCUGCCCUGCAUGUACCAUCAGUGGGUCAGCUGCUAG